UGGGAUAUUCAAAAUUUGGAUUGAAAGAUUAUGACAUUACCGUUGAGUUGACUGCAACUAGGAGAACUGGUUUUCAUAGGUAUAAGUUUCCAAAGAUCGAGGACGGAGCAAGAGUUAUUUUGGAUUUAAGUCAUGUGCUUAGGAACGUCAACGGUGCCUGGAUGAAAUAUCACGGAGGAGUUAUCUCAUCCGUCUCGUCAACACAGAUAAGAGGAUUCGGUCGAUACUCUAACUUAUGGAGCUCUUCGCCAGCAUUCAACGUUUACUUUUGUUCACAAUUCAAAACGCCUGCCAAAUCAUUUGCCACAUUUUGGUCUCAUAAAAUUUACCCCGAUACUACCUAUCAGACUGGAAUGAACUCGAUUGGAGCAAUCAUGUCAUUUGACACGUCAAAAGAGAAUGUGAUAUUAUCAAGAGUUGGAAUUAGUUUCAUAUCAGCCAAUAAUGCAU